AUGGAUGGUUUUAGAACCCUCUUCAUCCUGUUGGUUCUUGGGUUUUUUCAGGACUCACAGGCUAAGUUCGUUUGGAGUACGGGGGGAGCAUCUUCGCUUUUUGUGGCCAUAGCUUUACCUUUGGAUUUACAGAGAGAAAAAGCGUUUUUGUCCUACAAUUUUGAAGUGUCCUACGAUUUGCCAAGAACCUGGAAAAAGAAGCCGCCGUUUUUGCGCCAUGGCAAUGGCACAAAUGAGGAUAGUUUGCUGAGCGAUCACCAUGGCCAUCAUCAGUUUGAUGAUUUUGUGUACGAUGACUACUACGAUGAUGACCAACAUUCUGGUCACAAGCACAAACCACAUCAUCAUAAUAAUAAUAAUAAGAAAAAGAAGACUAAACCCAAACCUGGAGCUGCAGACAAGCCAACCAUAAAAAACAAGCCCAAACAUAAGCACAAGAAGAAGCAUAAGCCAAAACCAAAGACUCCACCAGAAGAGGAGGACGAAGACUACAAGGAUUUCUUCCAGGGAUUUCCUCUAGAUGGAAUGGGUGAACCCGUGGGCAGAGAUCGUGUCAAGAGAUCCCUACUAUCACGAACAAAGUUCUAUGAUAUAAUCAAUCAUCGCUUUGAAUUACAUGGUUUGGGCUCAGGCGAUGGCUGUUUAUUACGAUUGAUUUGCGAGGCGAAUAGCUACCAAUUGGGAGAUCUGAAUGGUGUGCUCGGCAGUUUGAUCCAUGUAAUGUUCAGUCCCAGUAGCUCUCUAUAUGAGGCCUUACCCAAGCGAUACUAUAUCGCUGAAUUGGAUGGGCAGAAUGGGAACUGCGGAGGGUAUCAUCCGCAGUGCCAACAUAGCAUUCUCGACAUGAUCACGCAACCUCUGAAAAAUAAAAUAAAAAUGCACUGA